AUGGGAAAGAGAAAACACAAGGAUUGCCACUCAAGGAAAAGGCGAGAGAAGCGUCGACGGUAUUCGGAUUCGUCGACAUCGUCAACCGAAGAUGAGCGUGGUCAAAACCAUCAUAAUUCAUAUCACUACGAAAACCCGCCACGAUACUAUUCUGAACGGGAACCACCACGGUCCCCUAAUAUAGAUUAUGAGUACCCUAAUGUAGACGACUCCGACGCUUCAUCUGGGGUAGCUCAUGAGCCCGUCGUGGACACUGUGCCCACAACCAGCAACGAGCUGUCAAUGCACGUCUCUGGAGAGCCUCAACCAGGCCCCAGUUCUACCUUGGUCAGUACAACUCCUGGCGGAAAUACAGACACUGGUCCGCUACCAACGGAAAUUUUAGAAGCGCUCGGAGAUCCCAAAAGCAAAGAGGAAGUAUUUGGACCAAAAAUCCCAAAAGAUAUUUCUAUACGUUGGGGACGGAUCUUGGUAGACGGCCUCACCAAAGACCAAAAACAAAGUAUCCUAGAGAAGUCGUUAAUACCUGAUAACUUUCGAUUAGCAAAGGCACCGAUAUUAAAUCCGGAACUAACUCCCGUGCUAAAUGAACAAGCUCGCAAUCGGGACAAAGCCUUAGAAAAAUCGCAAAAACAACUAGGUGUCGGUAUAUCUCGUCUAACAAACCUCGCAUCCAGUAUCAUCGAAGGAAAUAGUGAUAAAAUAGAAUUAUUACGACAAGUUUCGGAAGCAAGUCAAAUAUUUUUAGACUUGCACUACGAAGAUACUAAGAGAAGAAGAAAAUUAGUGGCGUCGUCGCUCGACAAAAAAUUUCUUAACAUGAUUACUGACGUUAAAAGGGACACGUUUCUGUUCGGAACCAACUUGGGUGAAAAAAUAAAAGCUUCAAAAACAGCGGAAAGAUCUGGGCUGCAAAUCAAGCGCAAUGAUGCUCCCACAACAUCCUAUAAGAGGUACAAUAACCAGGGAAAUGCGAGGGGCCCACCCCGCUCGAUGAUUCAACGCGCAUACAGGCAGGGUGGGCAGAAGAACCGUUACCAGACAUCGAACCGGCGAGCCCUGCCGCCAGCCCGCGAUCGGCAACCGCGAGCUCCGGCCAAACCAACCGACAAGAACUCCAAGGCUCAGUAG